UUAUCCUUUAAACUAGAUUGCUGGUUGUCAAUUAUUGAGGUUAGGAGCAAUUGUUUAUUUGUUCCGAUUUACAUCCAACGAACUUAAACGUAAUAAUUAUUAAAUUCGAUAUUAAAAGUAAAGAUGUUGGAAAUCACCUGCAACGAUCGUCUUGGUAAGAAGGUUAGGGUGAAGUGCAACCCUGAUGAUACAGUAGGAGAUUUGAAGAAGUUAAUCGCCGCUCAGACUGGCACAAAGUGGGACAAAAUCGUCCUCAAGAAAUGGUACACAACAUUCAAAGAUCACAUACAGCUUCAAGAUUAUGAAAUCCAUGAUGGCAUGAAUAUUGAGUUGUAUUACCAGUGAAUCAGCAAGUUAAUUAUCCUUCUAUACUAAUUUAAUUUUUACAGAUAAUUAUGAUCUAAGUUAAUAAAAAAUAUUCUCUUUUAUUUUA